AAUUAUAAAAACAGAUGAGAUUCAUUUAUUCACACUGCUAGCGGUGAAGCUAGCUGAACCGUUACCCCGUUGUUAACCGGAUGUUUACAAAAGAAGUGACGUCAUACUCCAGGCAUGAAAAGUUUCCGGUCAGUGUGGUUAACUCGAAGCUAAAGCUAAGCUUCAUAAAAAUGUUUAAACAAGGCCAAAGACUGAGAGCUCUGGUGAAUGAGCGGCUGAGUGCGGCUGCAGAAGAGAUCUUUGUGCUGUUUGAGAGAACGAUAGCGGAAUAUGAGGAGGAACUGCGCAACUCCAAAGAGGAGAACCAGAGGAAACAGGGAGCCCUGGACUCGGUUCUUAGCCCGAGGGUCCUGCUGCCCAAAGCGACUCUGCACACUCCCUCUCCUGACCCCGGACUGAUGAAUGAGAGGACAGGGAGUCCACAGGUUAAAGAAGAGGCAGAGGAACAGAACGUGAAGCAGGAGAAAGAGCAGUUCCCAGAAUGUGUUCCAGAGUCCAGUGGUCUCUAUACGAAGCCGGAAGAGUUCUCACUGCUGCAACAAACUGAUCACCGAGAGGAAACCCAGGGAGAGCCACAUUUACACUCAGAGUCUGACGGAGAUACGGAGCACUCCCGUGACACUGAUGAAGACUGGAGCGCUACAUUCAGCUAUUCAGCUGCACAGAUGGACACAGAGGAUGAUGGAGACCAUUUCAACAAAGUCCAGAUCAGAGCCAGAAACACAAGUGAACAAAACUCAGGUCCAUCCCCCAAAUACAAUUCUGCACCAGAGACCAGCACCACUAUGAAUUAUGGAACAGCUAAAGGAGUAGAGGAGAGGAAACACCAGUGCUCUGUUUGUAAAAAGAGAUUUAAGACAAAACAGAGUUUUCAAAGACACCUUAGAAUUCACACAGGAGAAAGACCUUACAGCUGUUCAGUGUGUAAGAAUGUAUUUACCCAGUCAUCUACUUACCAUGCACAUAUGAGAAUACACACGGGAGAGAAACCAUUCAGCUGUUCAUUUUGUAAAAAGACAUUUGCCCGAAACACAAGUCUAGUUGCACACAGAAGAAUUCACACAGGGGAGCGGCCUUAUAGCUGUCCAUUUUGUGAGAGAGCUUUUUUCACCAGUUCUGACAGAGAUAAACAUCAGAGAAUACACACGGGGGAAAAACCUUACAGCUGUUCAACCUGCAACAAAACCUUUGCUUUAAAGGGUACUCUGCAAGGCCAUAUUAAAACCCAUACAGCAGAGCGACCUUACAGAUGUUCUGUUUGUAAGCAAGAAUAUGCAGAUGAGUCAGCACUCAAAAAGCACAUACAGACACACUUAGCUGAGAGACCUUACAGCUGUUCAGUGUGUAAGAAAGAAUUUACCCAAUCAUCUACUUACCAGACACAUAUGAGGAUACACACAGGGGAGAAACCAUUCAGCUGUUCAGUUUGUAUGAAAACAUUUGCUCGAAACACAAGUCUUGUUAUACACAGAAGGACUCAUACAGGGGAGCGGCCUUACAGCUGUCCAUUGUGUGAGAAAGCAUUUCUCACCAGCUCUGAUCUAGAUAGACACAAGAGAAUACACACUGGAGAAAAACCUUACAGCUGUUUGAUCUGUGACAAACCCUUUACUACAAAGGAUGCUCUGAAAAGCCACAUGAAAACACACACAGGAGUGACCUUACAGUUGUGCAGUCUCCUUCAUAUGUUGGAGUUUGGGCUGCUGACACCUCUUGCAAAAAAGUUUUCCGGUCACUGUGGUUCGACGACGGCAAAUCUAAAAACUGCACUGAAAAUGUCUAAACAAGGCCAAAGACUGAGAGCUCUGGUGAAUGAGCGGCUGAGUGCAGCUGCGGAGGAGAUCUUUGCGCUGUUUGAGAGAACAAUAGCGGAAUAUGAGGAGGAAUUGCGCCGCUCCAAAGAGGAGAACCAGAGGAAACAAUCUAAGUCCCCGGACUCGGGUCUGAGCCCGAGCGUCCUGCAGCUCAGAGCAAGUCUCCACACUCCCUCUCCCGGCCCUGGAUUAAAGCAUGAGAGUCUAUGGAUUCCACAGGUUAAAGAGGAGUGUAUCAAGCAGGAGGAAGAGCAGCAGCCAGUGCUUGUUCCAGAGUCCAGUGUUGCAUACAUGGAAAGAGAACAGUCCUCACUGCUUGUACAAACUGAACAGAGAGAGGAAAUCCAGGGAGAGGACAUCACCUCAGAGCUACAUUUAUACUCAGAGACUGAAGGAGAUACAGAGCACUCCACUGACACUGGUGAAGACUGGAGAGCUGCAUUCAGCCAUUCAGCUGCACAGAUGGACACAGAGGCUGAUGGAGACCACUGCAACCAAGUCCAGAUCAGAUCCGGAAGCACAACUCCACAAAACUCCGAUCCAUCCCCCAAAUACAAUUCUGCACCAGAGACCAGCACCACUAUGAACUAUGGAACAGCUGAGGGAGUAGAAGAGAAGAAACACCAGUGCUCUGUUUGUAAAAAGAGAUUUAGGGAAAAGCAUCAGCUUAACAGACACCAUCGAAUUCACACAGGAGAAAAGCCAUUCAGCUGUACGAUUUGUAAGAAAACUUUUUCCCAAAACACAAGUCUAAUUGCCCACAGACGAACUCACACGGGAGAGCGGCCUUACAACUGUCCAUUCUGUGAGAAAGCAUUUCUUUCCAGUUCUGACCGAGAUAAACAUCAAAGAAUACACACUGGGGAAAAACCUUAUAGCUGUUCAACCUGUGACAAAACCUUUGCCUUAAAGGGGAAUCUGAACGCCCACAUGAAAACGCACAGAGAGGAGCGACCUUACAGCUGUUCAGUCUGUAAAAAAGUGUACACAUAUGCAUCUGCACUCAAGAGGCACUUAAAGAAACAUGCAGCUGUUCAGUGUGUUAGACAGGGUUUAAACGAUGCUCUCAUGCCAGUGCAUUUAUGAAAACACUCAGCAACACUGUUUUUGUUCUAGGAAUAUCAUUGUUUUUGAAAUUCUAGUUUUUCAAUAUUUUUAUAAAUUAAAAUUUUUUAUAAACUUAAACAA